UGGUUUUCUAGAAUUGGACAUGGAUAGGUUAAUUUUAUUGUAAUAAUAUGUUUUGCCCGCUAUUUAAAAUAAUAUUAGUUUAAGUAUAUGUGUUGUAUUUGAAUAGAUUUAAUACUCUAUACAUUGUGUAAGGUAUCAAAAUUGUAUAAGAUAGUUAUAUGUAUUUAUAAAGAAUUACUGAGAGGGAAGAACUGAGGUGUAAGUGGCUUACAUAAUGUAUGUACAGUAUAAGAAUUCUAUUUUUUCAUGUAUUUCCAUAUUGGAAUGAAAGUGAAUCACAAGAAAUAUUCUAAUAUGUGUAAAGAUGAAUUAGUAAAACUACUGAACAAACGUUUACACUCUUGCUGUACCAUCUUACAUUUGAAUUCAACUACACAUUGAUGCAAAAUUCCUGUCAAUAUUAUUUCUAUUAUGGCAACUUCUGGGCAGUAUGGCUAUAAGAGAGAUGCUAUCAGAGUUAAAGUUAUGAAAUAUGAAGAGCGAUUGCCAACCGAGAAUAAGAAGUUCAGUGUGGAUCCUCAGAUUACAUCUUUUGAGGUCUUACAAAGUUUCCUAGCCAAGGCUUUUGAUAUAAGAGGAGAAUUCACCGUUUGCUACAAGAUAUUAGAUGAUUAUGGGCAGGAAACAUAUCUUGCUCUCCUAUCAGACUGGGAUUUGGAUGCUGCUUUUAUAAGUGCCUCUGAUCCGUACCUUGAUCUGAGAGUUGAUGUGAAGCCAUUUGCGGCAUGCUGUGAGGAGUACGACAGUCAAGGCUUCGAACAUGAUCUAGUAGCUGAAAUUCGGCAAGCUCAUAGACUGCCCGGAAUAAUUAUGAACAAGUUUGAACUUGUUUUGAGAACAUACUUUUUUAUUUUUAGGAAAGUAGUGUGGAAACAUCUACUCAAUGUUUAUCCAGAGGGAAUGUCAGGCAAGGAGAGAAUGGACUACAUGAAGAAAAAAGCUGCAGAGUACAAGAUGCUGAGGGACAACUGGAAAUCAAUGUUGUAUAAAAAUGAGGAAAUUUCUGGUGACUUGGCCUAUGUAACAAGCAUGGUUAGAAAAGACGUCCUGCGCACUGACCGUCAUCAUGUGUUCUAUGCUGGAAGCGACGAUAACAAGAAUAUUGUCUCAUUGUUCAACAUACUAACAACAUACGCGCUGAACCAUCCAGCUGUGAGCUACUGCCAGGGCAUGAGUGACCUGGCAUCGCCCCUGCUGGUCACCAUGAACGACGAGGCGCAUGCGUACAUCUGCUUCUGCGCACUCAUGCGUCGCUUAUCUCCCAACUUCCUGCUUGACGGCAUCACCAUGACUAAGCGCUUCCAGCACCUGGCUGAGGGCCUCCAGUACUUCGACCCCGUAUUCCACAACUACCUCAAGUCGCAGCAGGCCGACGACUUGCUAUUCUGCUAUCGCUGGCUUCUGCUGGAGAUGAAACGGGAGUUCGCGUUCGAAGACGCGCUGCGUAUGCUGGAGGUGAUGUGGAGUUCAGUGCCGUCGACGCCGCCCAAGGCGGAGCUGCCACUCAGCCAGCAGAGCGACGCCGAGGUGAGCACGACGCCGACGCCGGCGCCAAUGAGUCCGCGACCACCGACGCGUGAGACGCCUUACACCAAGGUGUGUGCGCUGAGACGCCAAAGCUCGUCGGCGUCGCUCAGUCUGGACGGCGCACUGGCCGCUCGCAGUCGUGGACGCCUCGCCAAGCAGCCCAAGGCGCGGCCCUAUUGCAGCAUGGACGACAGUCAGCUUACCAACGCCAACGAAAACACCAAAGUCAUCAAGAACCUCAACGAGUUCCUCAGCUUCGAUAAAGGUGGCUCGUCCAAAUCUCGGUCCCCUGACAACCCGUCAAAGAAGAAGCAAAACGUUGAAGACGACAGCUCACCUGAGGAGCCAGCAACUUAUCACAACAAACCAACGUUCCAACAAGACUCAAAUGCCAGAAAAGAAAAUGGCGAACGAGUACCAACGUUCGAACAAGACUCAAAAACCAGGAAAGAGAAUGGCGAAAGGAGCUCCCCAGAAGACUCAUCCGAAUUUUACCCCAUGACCACAUCUAUGACCAGGGAGCUUAGACUGGAGCUUGAAAGCUUGGACAGACAGGUGUUUGGAAAUGAAAAGCAGAAGCAAGAAACCGCUGUCAACUGUCUAGACGAUGUGUUUGUUUGGGAAAAUCCGUUGCGGGUUUCCACCACACCCGAUGAGCAAGUUGACCUCGAAUACGAUUCCAAUGCAGGCGAAAUAUUCGAAACCGAAGGCAACAGUGUUAAAUCGGUUACACCUAUCAAAUUGCUCAGAAAGACAACGUCGCAGACGAGUAGUAACAGCAGUUUCUCGGAAAGCAGUUGCAGCACAAACGAUGGCAGGACUAAAUCGCUGCUGGAACGCCGGAAAGGCACACUGGCUGAGGUGAAGUUGCCCAUUGAUGAAGACAGGUACAGCACCAAUGGUAAUGUCGAAGAGGCCACUGAGGUGAGCAGUUUGAGGCAGCCCAGAACAGGAAGUCUACCUCCCCCUCACGAGUUCGGCGGUGGCAAUCCGUUCCUCAUGUUCCUCUGCAUCACUGUUCUGCAACAGCAUCGCGACUUCAUCAUGAACAAGGGCAUGGACUACAACGAGAUGGCCAUGCACUUCGACAAAAUGGUCCGAAAGCAUAAUGUCACCAAAGUUUUGAAUCAAGCACGAUCAAUGUACGCUGAUUAUAUGAAGCAAUUUGAUAAAGCCAACUGUCAUCUCAAAGCUUGA